GGCGCAUCAGUCGAGGCAGAUCUUGGAGCAGCAGGAGGAGGUGGAGGGGGUGGGAGCGAAGAAGUCCAUCGGUGAGAGCGCGCGCGAGAGACCGAGGGAAGGAAACUUGGCGGGCGCGUCGCUGGUUCCUCGGAUCCCAACACAAGCUCGAGAGAGGAAACGCCAAAUUUGUUUUUGCUCUCGGCGGGGAAGGGGGCAGAUCUCGGCCUAAGGGAGGCCCCGAGAGUCGUUCAUAUUUUGGUGGGACAAGGAGAGCGAGUGUGUGCGUGUGCCCGCUUGUGUGUAUAUGAGCGAGGAGCGGGCGCCGGGAGGCGGGGAUGGCCGAGAAGCGGAGGGGCUCGCCGUGCAGCAUGCUAAGCCUUAAGGCGCACGCCUUUUCCGUGGAGGCACUGAUCGGCGCCGAGAAGCAGCAACAGCUUCAGAAGAAGCGGCGAAAGCUGGGCGCGGAAGAGGUGGCGGGGGCCUUAGAUGACGGAGGCUGCAGCCGCGGCGGCGGCGCUGGCGAAAAGGGCUCCUCUGCGGGAGACCAAGGCACUGCGCUCCCGCCACCGGCUGGGACGGCAUCCGGGCCCACCCGGAGCUGCGCAGACCUGGAGCGGAGCUGCGGCUCCCGGGGAGCCGCGGGCGGCUGUGAGGACGGCUUCCUGCAGGGAGCUUCCCCGCUGGCGUCCCCGGGAGGCUCCCCGAAGGGAUCCCCGGCGCCCGCCCUGGCCCGGUCCGGGACCCCGCUGCCCUCGCCGCAGGCCCCGCGGGUGGAUCUGCAGGGAGCUGAGCUCUGGAAGCGCUUUCACGAGAUUGGCACGGAGAUGAUCAUCACCAAGGCGGGCAGGCGCAUGUUUCCAGCAAUGAGAGUGAAGAUUUCUGGAUUAGAUCCUCACCAACAAUAUUACAUUGCCAUGGAUAUUGUGCCAGUGGACAACAAAAGAUACAGGUAUGUUUACCACAGCUCUAAAUGGAUGGUGGCAGGUAACGCGGACUCCCCUGUGCCACCCCGGGUGUACAUUCAUCCAGACUCGCCUGCCUCGGGGGAGACAUGGAUGAGACAAGUGAUCAGUUUUGACAAGCUGAAACUUACCAACAACGAGUUGGACGACCAAGGCCAUAUUAUUCUUCAUUCUAUGCACAAAUACCAACCGCGAGUCCAUGUCAUCCGUAAAGAUUGCGGCGAUGACCUUUCUCCCAUCAAGCCUGUUCCAUCUGGGGAGGGAGUGAAGGCGUUCUCCUUUCCAGAAACUGUUUUCACCACUGUCACCGCCUAUCAGAAUCAGCAGAUUACUCGCCUGAAGAUAGAUAGGAAUCCCUUUGCCAAAGGCUUCCGAGACUCAGGGCGUAACAGAAUGGGUUUGGAAGCCCUUGUGGAGUCAUAUGCUUUCUGGAGACCUUCACUACGGACCCUCACCUUUGAAGAUAUUCCUGGAAUUCCCAAGCAAGGAAAUACAAGUUCCUCCACCUUACUCCAAGGUUCUGGGAACGGUGUUCCGGCCACCCACCCUCAUCUUUUGUCCGGCUCCCCUUGCUCCUCUCCUGCCUUCCACCUGGGACCCAACACCAGCCAGCUGUGCAGCCUGGCCCCGGCCGACUACUCCGCCUGUGCGCGUUCCAGCCUCACCCUCAACCGAUACAGCACGUCCUUGGCGGAGACCUACAACAGGCUCACCAAUCAGACCGGCGAGACCUUCGCGCCGCCCAGGACUCCCUCCUACGUGGGCGUGAGCAGCAGCGCCUCGGUGAACAUGUCCAUGGGCGGCGCAGAUGGGGACACCUUCAGCUGCCCCCCGACGAGCUUGUCCAUGCAGAUUUCGGGGAUGUCCCCCCAGCUCCAGUACAUCAUGCCUUCACCUUCCAGCAACGCCUUUGCUGCUAACCAGACCCACCAGGGUUCCUAUAACACGUUCAGGUUACACAGCCCCUGUGCCUUGUACGGAUAUAACUUCUCCACAUCCCCCAAACUGGCUGCCAGUCCUGAGAAAAUUGUUUCUUCCCAAGGAAGUUUCUUGGGGUCCUCGCCGAGUGGGACCAUGACGGAUCGGCAGAUGCUGCCCCCCGUGGAAGGAGUGCACCUGCUUAGCAGUGGGGGUCAGCAGAGUUUCUUUGACUCUAGGACCCUGGGAAGCUUAACUCUGUCAUCAUCUCAAGUGUCUGCACAUAUGGUCUGAUGAAGCCUUGAAGUUAAACUACAUUCGAAUCUGGCUAACGUAUUUUCUUUCCUCGUUUUCUUUUUCUUUUUGGAAAGCAAUAUGAAUAGAAAAUUAUCAGUAGCUUGUAAAGAGUACAUAUAAUAGAAAAUGAAGGCUCACUGAGUUUUUGACUUUCUGGUGGUGAGAUUGUAACGAUCUAUGGUAUAUAUCUACACUGUGUAUGGCAUGUGGAGUUUUGCAGCCUACAAAACCACAUCCUCCCUCUCUUUUUCCCCUAGUUCCUCCAGUUGCACAGAGUAUUGGCGUAAAUGGUGUAUGUUUAACCAAAGUUCUCAAGCUUUUAAAAAAAAAAAACAAACAGCAAACUUAAAACUUGGCCAUGAUACUAACCAGACUAAGACUUGUAACUUAAUUGAUCAGGAAAAUGCUCUACCCAGUUUCCGACUUGAAGGUUGAUAUCCAGCAGUACCGAACACACAAGAGCCUUGUGAUUUCUGUUAUUCUUGGGCACAGUGUGAGAACCUAAAAUGCAGAAGCCGGUUGAAGUCUUAGUGUUAGUUCUGAGGUAUUUGUAGUCAUGAAGGAUUAGCUUUCGUGUUCCUGUUUGUUCUUACUUAUCACAGAUAUUAUGGGACUUGGUUCUGUAAAAAUUUAUAACCCAUUAUAAUUAUUUUCUAAAGGAAGAUGGAGAGGCUUGUGAUUUUUUUUCACUUUCCUUUGGGCUUAGAAGAGAUAUUUAUUCAUCUGCAGAGAACAGAUUUCCAGUAUUUUGGAUUUUUUGCUCAUUUUAUUUAGCUAUCAAGUAGACUGUUAAAGAAUGUUCUAUAAACAUUUUAAAAUUCUGAUCUUCACCAGGGUAAGAAUAUGUGAUAGGAGUGG